AUGCACAUGAAAAGUGCUCUGAACCUGGCCAUCCUCGGGUGCGGUCUCCUCGCUUCCGCGCAUCCAGGACACCAUGAGCCCCUCGACGGCUCUGGCGUCCAGUUGUACAAGAGGAACGUCCAGGCUGGCCUGCAGAAAUGCUCGACAGAGUUCCAGAACAAUGGUCUCCAAGCCCGAGCCGAAGCUCGUCGCAAGGCUAUGGUCGAUCUGCACCGCCGUCACCUUCGCGUCCGAGAUACCGACGCAGUUCUCAACAAGUCUCACCAAGCCACACGACCCAUGUCCCCCUCAAUGUCGGAGAAGGAAAUCUUCAACUCCCCAGAAAAAGUGUGUCUCCUGGGCCCAAGCCCCGAAGGAGAAACAGGACCAUACUGGCUUCCUGGCGAGCGGGUACGCUCUCACAUCCGCGAAGGCCAGCCCGGUGUGCCCGUGGUGAUCGAGCAGCAAUACAUCGACGUGGAAACCUGCAAGCCGGUACCGGAUCUCUAUGCCGAGAUCUGGGGAUGCAAUGCCACAGGCGUGUAUUCGGGCCUGGUAGCAGACGGCAACGGCAAUUCAGCGGACCUGUCGAACCGUAACCGGACUUUCCUGCGCGGAAUUCAAAAGACCGACUCGGACGGUGUAGUCACCUUCGACACCUUGUUCCCUGGCCACUAUGACAGCCGCACCACGCACUACCACAACAUCGCGCACUUCCAUGCGAAGAGACUGCCAAACAACACCAUUGCGGGUGGCAGGGUCUCUCACGUUGCGCAGAUCUUCUGGGAUCAGGACAUUAUCAAUGCAGUCGAGUCGACCUACCCAUACAACACAAACAACAUUCCGAUCACGCCUAACGCGGAGGACCGGGUGGUGGGCCAGGAGACUCAGAACACCGAUGCUGACCCGAUGCUUAACUACGCGUAUCUGGGCGACCGUGUUGAAGAUGGAUUGUUUGCUUGGAUUACUGUUGCUGUCAACCUGUCUGCUGUGCACUACCCAUACUACACCAAUGUCUAUACAGAAAAUGGUGGUAUGGCUGUUGAUGGAACUUCCGAUGGAAACCCAAGAGUUGUUGACGGUGGGCUUCCCCAGACUUCUUCGGUGUCGAACUAG